AUCAUGUCGGAGAUGGAUGUGGAUCAGUGUGGAGAUGUGACGGACAACAAUGGGCCCAGGAGCCACAACAGCCUGGAGAACCAGGGACACUACGUCCUCAGCAGCCUGGCCGAGGUGGUGGAGAGAGUGAUGAGCUUCCUGCCCAGCAAGACCCUGCUGAGAGCGGCCUGUGUUUGCAGACUGUGGAGGGAUUGUGCUUGGCGUAAGCUGAAAACAAGGCAAAAAAUAACCUGGAUAUCCUCAAUGGGAGCAGGAGGUAUGGAUUUGAGUGGUCAUUCUCUGGUCCAUGUUGUGAAAGAAGAACUUGAGAAAAUAUAUAUUAUUCCAGAAAUGUUUCUGUACUUCACAGACUCUGAGUCACUUAAUGACCAUGGGGCACACUGUGGACCAAAGAAGGCAAAAAAGAAACAUGGUUCAGAAAUGGCAGUCGCCUUAGAGAAGCUUCUACCUAGUGAAUGUCAAGUUGUUGGACUUGCUACACCAGGAAUUGUAGUUACUCCCAUAGGAUCCACAAGUAAUCAGCCAGUGGAGAUGGAAGAUGGAGAGUCUGGCUUUGCACUUCUGUUCCCCAAAAUCGCUGGAGUCAAAAUAAAAAAAUUUCAGUUCUUUAAAGACUCCAAGUGUAAAGUCUUUGAUGAGAGCAAACUUGAAGAGGCUGGUCUAAAAAAUAAUCCAGACCUGCGUGUGGUUCUGAUCUUUGGAUACAACACAUGGAGACAUGGAGCAACUCGCUUCUUACAUCAAGUCUUAAACCCUCUAAAUGAGAAAAGUAUUAUUAUUGCUGGCGGCCAGGUUGAGUACCUUGCAUCAUUUUCCUCACAGACAAAUACUCAGGGAACAGACUGUAUUGGUGUUGUUGGCCUGGCACUGAGUGGACAACAAAUCCAAGGAGCCACAGUUCUACUGGAUCAAGAUAUCUAUGAUGAAAAGACUGUAGACUCUGCCAUGCAGCGCCUGAAAGCAGCCAAUAUACCCACAGAGAACAGUGUGGGGCUUAUGUUUGCAUGCGUUGGCCGAGGAGAGCAGCACUACAAGAAAAAAAAUGUUGAAGCAGACUGUUUUCGGAAGCACUUUCCUAAUGUGCCUUUGCUUGGUUUCUUCGGCAAUGGCGAGAUUGGCUGUGACCGGGUAGUGAGUGGAAGUUUUACAUUGCGAGAAUGUAACAGUGAAAAAGACAACCUUUUACAUGGGUACACAACAGUUAUGACACUAAUUCAUUUUGGACCAUCAAAGUAG